AUGGAAUAUUCAUGCGUCGAAUUAAAUGAUUUGCCCGAUGAAAUUCUUCUGAUUAUUUUGAAAAAGUUGGACAAUCUUGAAGUAUUGUAUUCUUUGCAAGGCGUCAAUGAACGACUGAAUGAAAUUAUACGUGAUCCAACAUGUACAAGUCAUUUGACCUUUGUCAAAUGGUCGCCCAAAGAAUUUAUCAAUAAAUUUUCUUCAAAUGUCAUAUUUGAUCGAGUUUGCCUACAAAUUUUACCUGAAAUUUCCAUGAAAAUUAAAUGGCUUGAUCUUGAAUCAUCAUCUAUGAAACAGAUUUUACAUUCUACCGAUUAUCCGAAUUUAAAUGGCCUUGGCCUAUAUAAUGUUGAACGAGAAACAUCUAGAAGUCUUUUUACCGGUAAGAAAAUCUCAAUAGAAUCGUUUUCAUUUAUUGCAGUUCAAUAUAUUAAAUUACUUUUAUGA